GCAGGAAAGCACCCAGUCUUCAAAGAAGCGCCCUGUUAUCGACAUCAUGCAGGAAAACUACGAGAAUGUGAUCUCGCUGGCGGAGGAGAUUGCGAUCAGUUGGCCCCGAAUAACCGCCUUUGCCGAGUCCCACAGAAGGAGAGGGCUGGCGUCUGACAUGGAAUCUGAACAGGGCCAAGUGGAACAGGCCCAGACGCAGGACGCGGUGGCGGUGGCGGCCGGCCCAAGCGAAGGCGGGAUGAACGCCGACCUCCGGCGGCAGCUGGGCCUCAUCUUGCAGACAGCUGGCAGGAGCCAGGUGGAGAAGAUGCUCCGGGAGCUGGUGAAGGAGCAGAGCCAGGAGGGGAAGCGCAAAGCCCGGAAGAAGGCGGCCAAGGGCCCCAAGGACGAAGCUGCUGAGGUUGAACAGGAGCCGCACCCAGAAGAGAAGGUGGAGCCGUCAGCUUCCCCAUGCAAGAGAGCUACCAGCCCAGAUGAGGGGGAAGCCAGUGGCAGCCAGUGCCAGCUGAACCCGGAGGAAGAAGAACAGCCGCCCCGCGGGCCGACAACCCGUCAGCGGAAGGAGAAGGCUGCCAAGAAGCUGAAAGGCAGGUGUGCGGCCUUGGCGGUGGUGGAACAGCCAGGUGUUUGUGUAGAGUGUGGGAAGAAGAACUUGAACGGUAGUGGGCGAGGCCAGGGCAUGGCCACGCCAGAGAGGCCACACCAGUGCACCGAGUGUGGACGUUGCUUCCGUCAGCGCUCCAUCCUGGCCAAGCAUCAAAAGAUCCACACCGGGGAGAAGCCCUACCUGUGCACGGCUUGCGGCAAGCGCUUCAACCGCAGCUCCAACCUGGCGCAGCACCAGCGCGUCCACACCGGCGAGCGGCCCUUCCCCUGCGCCGCCUGCGGCAAGGCCUUCACCCAGAAGUCGGAUCUGGAGCGGCACCAGCGGGUGCACACGGGCGAGCGCCCCUACGCCUGCCCCGACUGCGGCAAACGCUUCUCCGUCAGCUCCCACCUCGACCGGCACCGGCGCACCCACCAGAACGAACGCCCGUACCCGUGCGACGCCUGCGGCAAGCGGUUCAGCCGCAGCUCCAACCUGGCCCAGCACCAGCGCAUCCACACCGGCGAGCGCCCCUUCCCCUGCGGAGACUGUGGCAAGCGCUUCAUCCAGCGCUCCGACCUGGAGCGCCACCAGCGGGUCCACACCGGCGAGCGCCCCUACACCUGCGCUCAGUGCGGCCGGGGCUUUUCGGUCAGCUCCCAUCUCGACCGGCACCAGCGGGUCCACCAAGCCCAGGCGGCAGCCGCGGCCGCCCACCGUUGCCCCGAACACGUGAAGGGCUUCCUCCUCAGCACUGGGGGCAAGCAGGUCCUUAAACACCAGCUGUACAGUGGCAAGGGGCGCCUCACACGCAGCGGCCACUGCCUGGACUGCGGCAAGAGCCUGGGCAAAAUCCCGCCACAACCCCCGGCGCCCCCGGCGGAGAAGCCCUUCAAGUGUCCGGAUUGCGGGAAGGCCUUUGCCCAGCGUUCGGCGUUGGCCAAGCACCAGCGCAUCCACACCGGCGAGAAGCCCUUCUCCUGUGCGGACUGCGGCAAGGCCUUCAUCCAGAAGUCGGACCUGACCAUCCACCGGCGCAUGCACACCGGCGAGAAGCCCUACCGCUGCGAGGCCUGCGGCAAGUGCUUCAGCGUCAGCUCCAACCUGCUGACCCACCAGCGCACCCACCUGGGCGAGAAGCCCUACGCCUGCGGGGAGUGCGGCAAGGCCUUCAUCCAGCGCUCGGAGCUCACCAUCCACCAGCGCACCCACACCGGCGAGAAGCCGUACAAGUGCGCCGUCUGCGGCAAGGGCUUCAGCCGCAGCUCCCACCUCAACCGCCACCAGCGCACCCACGCCAAUGCUGCUGCUGCCACCCAGCUGCCCGGAGGAGGGGGAAGUUGGCUAAGAUGGUGGCUGCAUGAAUGCGAGGGCUAUUGCGUAAGCAAGCUAGCCUGUCCCGCUGGAGUAGCAGAAGGCUGGCGGCUGCAGUGGCAGCAGCACAGCUGCUUGCGGGCCCUCCUGAGAGCUCGGACCGUCAGCAACUACCCCAUGGUGGUGCCGACCCCUGACAUUGGGCCUGUCUACACUGUUAAGCUGGAAGUCAAACAGGACGCACUGCCCUAA